GAACGUGCUCCGCUUGCUUAGUCCGCGCGACGAGUUCUCAGCGCUGCCAGUGAGCUCGGCAGUAUCCCGGUGGGCCGGGUUGCGGUGCCGAAAUGCGCCCGCUGCUCGGCCUCCUUCUGGUUUUCGCCGGCUGUACCUUCGCUCUGUACUUGUUGUCGACGCAGCUGCCCCGCGGGCGGAGACUGGGCUCCACUGAGGAGACGGGAGACAGGUCACUGUGGUUCCCCUCAGACCUGGCAGAGCUGCGGGAACUCUCUGAGGUCCUGCGGGAGUACCGGAAGGAGCACCAGGCCUAUGUGUUCCUGCUCUUCUGUAGUGCCUACCUCUACAAACAGGGCUUUGCCAUCCCUGGCUCCAGCUUCCUGAAUGUUUUAGCUGGUGCCUUGUUUGGGCCAUGGCUGGGGCUUCUGCUGUGCUGUGUAUUGACCUCAGUGGGUGCCACUUGCUGCUACCUGCUCUCCAGUAUUUUUGGCAAACAGCUGGUGGUCUCCUACUUUCCCGACAAAGUGGCCUUGCUGCAGAGGAAGGUGGAAGAAAACAAAAACAGCUUGUUUUUUUUCUUACUGUUUUUGAGACUUUUCCCCAUGACACCAAACUGGUUCUUGAACCUCUCGGCCCCGAUUCUGAACAUCCCCAUGGUGCAGUUCUUCUUCUCAGUUCUUAUCGGUAAGAUGCUGUGGGGUAAGCUUGAGUCUUCGUUCAUGUCAGGGGACUCCCUCAGUGACUAGCCAGGAGUGUGUGCCUGCCUCUGAGAACACAGGCGCACAAAGAGCAUAUUUAAGCGUUGUGACCUGAAGUAAUUAUUCUUGACUUCCAUU